AUGGCCUCCGACUUCCACAACUCCCUCGAGCCAUUCCCGCUGUUCAUCGACUCGGCGCCUCCCAACUCGGCCAACUACUUCUCCUCCCCAAUGGCCAUGGCCGCGAUUCAACUGCUUGCGACCUCCAGCUCACACCAGUCUCACGACCCUUAUCUCCGGAAACCCCGGGUUUCCAUGCCCGCCAAAGUGUCGAAUUACCUCCGACUGCGCUACUAUCAGUAUGAAGUGACCUUUGGGCUGUAUGUUAUGACGCCUACCGAGAAAGUCGUCUUCAACUCGAUCAUCCUCUUCGUCUUCUGCGCCCUCCUCUACGCCCUCUUCUACGGCUUCGAGCCCUUUAUCGUCAACAGCCUUUGCCGAGUGCUAUACUACGUCACGGGCUCCAUGUCUGGUGCGCCACAGCUCUGUUCAUGA